CGGCGGCGCGGCGCGGCGCGGCGGGGCGGGCGGAGCGCGGCGGGGAGCGGCGCGGCGCGGCAGGAGGAUGCUGAAGAGCUGCGGGAGGAAGUUGCUCCUGUCCCUCGUGGGCUCCAUGUUCACCUGCCUCCUGGUGCUCAUGGUGGAGCCGCCGGGGCGGCCGGGGCUGGCCCGGGGGGAGGCCGGCGGGGCGCAGCGGGCGCUGCAGAGCCUGGGGGCGGCGGCGGCCGUGGCCCCCCCGGCGGCGCAGGGUCCCCCCGGUCUCCGCAGCUUCGCCGAUUACUUCGGGCGGCUGAGCCGAGCCCGGCGGGAGCUGCCCGCCGCCCCGCCGAGCCCCCCGCGGCCGCCGGCCGAGGACAUCUCCCCCCGCGAUGUCUUCAUCGCCGUCAAGACCACCAAGAAGUUUCACAAGGCGCGGCUGGAGCUGCUGCUCGACACCUGGAUCUCCCGCAACCGCGACAUGACCUUCAUUUUCACAGACGGGGAGGAUGAGGAGCUGAAGAAGCAAGCACGAAAUGUCAUUAACACCAACUGCUCAGCUGCCCACAGCCGCCAGGCCCUGUCCUGCAAGAUGGCCGUGGAGUACGACAAGUUCAUCGAGUCCGGCAGAAAGUGGUUCUGCCAUGUGGACGAUGACAACUACGUGAACGUGCGGAUGCUGGUGAAGCUGCUUUCCAGCUACCCCCACACGCAGGACAUCUAUAUCGGGAAGCCCAGUCUGGACCGGCCCAUCCAGGCUACGGAGAGGAUCAGCGAGAACAAGAUGCACCCUGUGCAUUUCUGGUUUGCCACGGGCGGAGCAGGGUUUUGUAUCAGCCGGGGUCUGGCGCUGAAGAUGAGCCCAUGGGCCAGCGGGGGCCACUUCAUGAGCACAGCAGAGAAGAUCCGCCUGCCUGACGACUGCACCAUUGGCUACAUCAUCGAGUCUGUGCUGGGGGUGAAGCUCAUCCGGAGCAAUCUCUUCCACUCGCACCUGGAGAACCUCCACCAGGUGCCCAAGACAGAGAUCCACAAACAGGUGACACUAAGCUAUGGCAUGUUUGAAAACAAGCGCAACUCCAUCCACAUGAAGGGAGCCUUCUCUGUCGAGGAGGACCCAUCCAGGUUUCGCUCUGUGCACUGCCUGCUGUACCCUGACACGCCGUGGUGCCCCGCCAACGUGGUUUACUAGGAGACGUGUGUCCCCUCCAACCUCGUCCCGAAUUUCCCCGGUAUCCGACGGGCAUGCGGGACCUGUGUGCGGGUGUGUCAGUCCGGCCUCGCCGAGAGGCAGACGGACGGAUGGACGUCGUUGCUGUGGUAUUGCACAGUGUGUGUGUGUGUGUACUGAAGGCUGCUGUGCGGCCCCUUGUCCCCUGCCCUGCCUGCCCGGCUGCCCCUGCCCGCUCGCUCUGUUUGGGACGGCAGGGAGGGAUGGGUCCUGAGCACUUAACUGUCGGGCACCCCCGCGGCGCUGCGCUGGCGGGCCCCACGCCAUGCGUGAGGAGCGACCGACCGACCGCAGUGCCUGCAUGGCUCUGCCUCCCCCAGGCUUGCUUCUCCUGGUUUGUUUGUUUGUUUUUUUUUUUUUCCCCUUUCAAAUGUUAAGUUUUCUGGUGUGUGCCUCCCCCACCCCGCUCCCAUAUAAACCCUCCCCCACCCCAUCCUCUCGCCUAGCCCCAAAAUCUCAGCAGCAAAGCUCUGGCUCCUGAUUCACAUGAAGGGUUACCACUGAGUUUUGCUCCCCAGCUCAGCAGGCAGCAAAAGGCAGGCAGAGAGCAGGCAGGGGAAGCCUCCCGGCCACAGUGAACACUGCUCCAGGGUGCUGCAAAGCUGCUGGGUGCUCAGCGGCUGCACUGGAGGGAGACAGUGGGGUGGGCUGCAAGCCAGCAUUGGCGUUAGCUCUGUUUCCCGGAGCUCCCUCCAUCUGGCCGAACUGUUGCCAGCAGCAUUGAUCUAGUGCUAUUUAUAGAGACUAAUGUAAAGACUUUCUAUAAAUACGGGGGGUGGGAGGAGGGCUUUUCCGGAGCUGCCACUGUGGCGUUGGGUGCUGUGUUUGCACAGGGCCUCCCUUCAGUGCAGCCUCCCUGCCUGCUCGCGGGCCAGCCGCAGGCAGCGGGUGCAGGCAGGCUGAGUGCGGGCAGCCCUGCACCUUUGCAAAGGAGCACUUUGAGGUCCGGCUGGGGGCUGCGUGGAUGUGUGUUCUCCCCCGCCAUGAGCUGGAGCAUCCUCCAGCCCUGGCCUGGCUGUGGGUGCUGCUGGGGUGGCCAGAGCACCCGAGAGGUGCCUGGCUGGCCAGGUGCCUGCCACAGGCGUGCAGUGAUUCCCAGCUCGGCUGUUGCUCUCUCCCUUCUGGAGAUCUGGGGAGGGAGAGGGACCCCACAUCCCCCCGUGGCCACCCUGCCUGCCUCUGCCAGCCCUGUGCCCCUGGGGUAAGCAGGCUGAGCCAGAGCUGAACAUUUCCAACCUGAAGCUGAGUGAAAAUAGCCCAUAAUGGGUGCGUUGUAAAUAUGUUAUUGCGCCAGUAUUUUUUUACUGUGCCUUUUUUUUAAAAAGAAAAACCACAUUGAGAAAUAUGUAGAUUUUAAAAUGCUUUUUAUACAUUUUCUGUGGAUCGGAAAAAAAACCCCAACCUUCUGAUAAUCUGUUUAAGAAAGAAAAAAAAAAAAUUGCGAUGUCUUGUAACUGUCACUUACCUUAAUUUAUAUGUUCCAGUAUCUGGAACGUCACUCUGUGCUUUUUGUAACUAGGAUGUGUUUAAAGCAGUAGAUGUGGGAUGGGGAACCAGCAUGGACAGUGUGUUCUCAGGGACUUGAACCCGAUUGCUGCCACGGGGUUCCCGUGGGAGCUGUCACCAAUAAAGCAGCUUUUUUUGCUGACCACAGCCACCUA